GAUCAAUCAAACCACCCAAGCAUCAUCUUGAUCUCUAGCUCGCCGUUUAUUUCGAGAGGAGCCCUUACGGAAUUGUUUCUCAUCUCGCGUAAACUUGAUUGGCUGUUACCUGGGGUGCGCACGCAUAUUGAUCAUGGCGGGUGACCUAGGUGGUCACCAGGUUUUUGUUUCUAAUUUUCUGAAUGGCACUGAAUGUGGUCGAAUUGUCUCACCAGACAUAACAUUAAUCGGAAGACGUGUGGUUCACGAGGAGCAUUUUGGAACCAUUCGAUACGUCGGCGCCCUUCCGAAUUCCAAUGGUCUUUGGCUUGGUGUAGACUGGGACAAUCCUAAUCGCGGGCGCCAUGAUGGCUCUUAUAAAGGACAGAAAUAUUUCCACGCGACCAGUUUGUCGUCAGGAUCCUUCGUAAGACCAGAUAAAGUCUCCUUGGGAACUAGUCUAGAGGAAGCUCUGGUUUUUCGCUACGUGCUUUGUGCAGAGUGUCAACUAUUGGGUCGCACAGCAACGCCGAUCACCAAUGCAUCAGCUCACGGUUCUCAGCAAGAUUCUGUUUUCCACGCUACUAGUACACCGGGUCUUUUAACUGCACGCCUCGGUUCUGACACGGAUCACGAUGAAUUGGAGUACUCUGGAUCUUGCAAUGGUAUAACUUCGCCCAUACUGGUCGAAUUGUUCACUAGGCCUUCGCCUUCUCAUUCUCAAACCGGUGCGACAGCCGUUAGCAGACAUUCUCGUUGCGGCCCACAAGGUGCUCAGUCUAUUCUUGCUCACUUGCAGUCAGCCGCUUUCACUCUGGUCCCCAUUUACCGCGCUCUCAAAGGCCCACCAGUGAAUGAAACAGCACCACUUUGGCCGGGCACAGGUGGAACUCUUGGAAUGCUUUUACCUUCUCUGACUCAACUGGAUCUGAACGGUUGCAUGAUUAGCAGGUGGAUUGAUGUAGCUGAGAUAUGCAUACAGUUACCGUCGCUUAAGUCUCUGAAUCUCAGCAACAAUCACCUGCGCCUUCCGGUUUUUGAUGAUCGAAAUAUCUCGGAAGUCUGUGAUGCAACCGAAAUGCAGAACUUGCGCCUCAAAUUCGAUCUAGACGUAGACCAGAGUACAGCUGAGCAACUAUCAAAAGCAUUUCCGAGCCUUACUCAGUUGUUGCUGGUCUGCUGUCCUCUUUUGGAUUGGACAAGCUUAUCUCAAAUUCUCUUAUGGAUGCCCUCCCUCCGGUCCUUGACUGUUGCUUACAACAAGUUGGGCAACGUUCCACCUGACUUGCCAAUGGACGUGGCAAACAUACUUCGUCAGCUGAUCGAACUGGAUCUAACACAUACCGGAAUGACGGACUUGAGACAACUGUUUCAUGUUAUUGGCCCAUCGUCCGUCUUGGAUUGUUUGCUUUUGAACCGAAAUGCGAUCUCUUCUUUUCCUGAACUUCCAGUUGCCACGAACCAAUUAGCCUGUGUGCACCGCGACGCCGGUCCUUGCCCCUAUACACCUUCUUCGUGGUUCUGUCAUUUGACCACGUUGGGAAUAAAGGAGACGCAAUUCGCGGAUUGGUCGGUUGUUUCACAACUUCUUCAUUUGCCAAAAUUGAACCAUUUGUUGUUCCUAGACUGUCCUGUCUUAGAGAACUUUGAUGCGCAAACCGGUCGACAGGAACUGAUCGCCCGCCUGCCCCACCUGCCGAUGCUGAAUCGAAUUGAAAUAUCUGCCGACGAAAGACGAGGUGCUGAAUUGGAUUAUCUGAAACGGUACUGCACGCUGUGGCGAUCCACCGGUGGUAUGUAUCUUGAUGAUCAUGAAGCCAUCGGAAUGAGUCCCGAAUUUGCCAAAGCUCAUCCAACUUUCUCCUUCCUAUGUAAGAAGCUAGGUGCACCCGAGGAUGGAGAGUCUAAGAAAUUCACUCACGCUAUCAAAGAGGGUCUGGUUAGCAUAUCUUUCGUCCUUCAACCUACAAGGCUGUCCGGUGGACUGGAACAGCCCAUCUCAAACGACUCUAACCCACCUACCGCCCAGCCAAUUGUACGCCGUAUCCAUGGACGAAUGACCGUUGGCCACCUACGCAUGAUGGUGAGACGUCUUUUCAAGCUGCGCGCCAACGCCUCAUUCCACCUGGUAGCCCAAGGAGAGCGACAUCGGAAGAUUAAUUCAGAGAUACUGCUAGAAUCUGAUACUCGCGAAAUCGGCUUUUAUUGCCUGGAAGACGGUGAUACUGUGUUCAUCCGCCUUCACCACUCGUAAUUGGUGUAUUUCAUGCCUCACUCUUAGUUCUGUGUAUUGCCGCGCCUCUUUGUUAUCUAUUUCCAUUGACAGUUUGUGAAAAUACAGUUUGUCGUUACCUUCA